AUGGUAUCAUUCAAGAGCCUUUUCGUCGCAGCUUGCGCAGCAGUCAGCGCCUUCGCGCUUCCCAGUGAUGUGGAGAAGAGAGCUGGCAUCACUACGAGCCAGCAAGGAACUAGCAAUGGCUACUUCUACUCUUUUUGGACCAAUGGAGGAGGCAGUGUGACCUACACAAACGGUGCUUCUGGUCAAUACGCCGUGAGCUGGACCAACUGCGACUCGUUCACCUCCGGCAAGGGCUGGACCACUGGUUCUGCUAGAAACAUCAACUUCUCUGGAUCCUUCAACCCCUCUGGCAACGCGUACCUUGCUGUGUACGGUUGGACCACUAGCCCCCUCGUGGAGUACUAUAUUAUGGAAAGCUAUGGCGAAUACAACCCCGGCAGCAGCAUGACUUUCAAGGGAACUGUCACUAGUGAUGGAUCCGUUUACGACAUCUACACACACCAGCAGGUCAACCAGCCUUCUAUUUCUGGAACCGCCACCUUCAAUCAGUACUGGUCCAUCCGCCGCUCCAAGCGUUCCAGCGGUACCGUCACCACUGCCAACCACUUCAACGCCUGGGCGUCGCUUGGCAUGAGCCUCGGCUCGCACAACUACCAGAUCAUGUCCACGGAAGGAUAUCAGAGCAGUGGUUCCUCUUCUAUCACCGUUUCCUAA